AUGGAAAAGCUGCUUGAAAAUGCCAAAGAAGCAAGCAAGAAGUACCCAAAGCAUGACAUCAAGUACAGCUACGGUACGGCAGGAUUUCGUGCAAGAGCCGAAACUCUUCAGUCCGUGAUGUGCCGAAUGGGAAUGCUCGCCAGUCUUCGUUCACGUGCCAAAGAGGGGCAAGCUAUCGGUGUAGUUAUAACAGCAUCGCACAAUCCAGUUUACGACAAUGGUGUCAAGCUAGUAGAUCCAAUGGGAGAAAUGCUUAAUGAGUCUUGGGAAAAGUAUGCUACCGCAUUGGCGAACGCCGACGAUAUUGCUUCCGCAUUGGAUGAGAUAGUGAAAGAUACUGGGGUAGAUAUAACGAAGCUUUCCAAGGUUUUUAUUGCACGAGAUACUAGACCAAGCGGGCUGUUAUUUACCAAGGCAUUGAUGGAUGGUAUUCAAGCCAUGGGAGGAAUAUAUAAUGAUUUUGGUGUUCUAACAACACCACAGCUUCAUUAUAUUGUGCGCUGCCAUAAUACUGCAGGAGGGUAUGGCGAGGCUACCGAACUAGGAUACUACAAGAAGCUUUCAAAAGCCUUCCUUCAACUCAGGUCUACAACAGCCAAAGGAAAACCUCAAGAAAUCAAAUUAGACGGUGCCAAUGGUGUUGGUGGUAUUAAAAUCAAAGAACUAGCCAGUCACAUGAAAGAAGAGUUGCCAUUAACAGUGUUCAAUGGAAAUGAUCCUUCAAAACUGAAUGAAAAGUGUGGUGCUGACUAUGUGAAACUUCGCCAAUGUGAGCCGGAAGGGAUGACAAUCAGUCCUGGAGAUAAGUGUGUUACUUUUGAUGGCGAUGGUGAUAGGAUUAUGUAUUUCUUUAUUGAUAAUGACAAGAAGUUCCACUUGCUUGAUGGUGACAGGAUAGCAACCCUUAUUGCUGGUUAUCUGAAAGAGAAAAUCGACCUUGCUGGGAUUACCCUCGAGAAAGAACUUGGCGUUGUCCAGACUGCAUAUGCUAAUGGUAGCUCUACUAAGUAUGCUAAGGAGAAACUUCAAGUUCCUGUAGCUUUUGCCAAGACUGGUGUGAAAUACGUCCACCAUAGAGCAGAACAGUUUGAUAUUGGUGUGUACUUUGAAGCAAAUGGCCAUGGAACAAUCCUCUUCAGUACUGAAGCUGUAACGAAGAUCAACAAGCUGGCAAAAUCCACAGAGGCAACUGCAGAGGAGCAAAAAGCAGCCUCAGAGCUUGUUAGCAUGAUUGACCUAAUCAACCAAUCAGUCGGUGAUGCAAUGAGUGACAUGUUGGUCGUGGAAACAGUCUUGAAUGCAAGGGGYUGGAAUCUAGAGACCUGGUACAGUUGUUACACAGAACUGYACAAUAGGCAGCUUAAGGUCAAAGUUCAAAACCGCACUGUACUAAAGACAUCUGAGACAGAAACUGAGGCUUUGGAGCCUGAMGGUCUACAAGAAGCCAUCAACAAAGCUGUUAGCAAGUAUUCACAWGCAAGGUCAUUUGCUAGGCCCUCUGGUACAGAGGAUGUAGUACGUGUCUAUGCUGAAGCUGACACACGAGAUGCUGCGGAUGCUUUAGCUUUGGAGGUUUCACAAUUAGUUUAUGAUUAUGCUGGGGGAGUYGGAGAUAGGCCACAAUAGUAUCCAAUUCAUACAGUUUUUUUUCCUUUAUAGAACUUUAGUAGUGCAGUAAAUGUAGCCAUGGAAAAGGACAAAAAAAAUACUGCAGUCACCAGUUUACUUUCCUUACUGUCCUUUGCAUACAAAUUUCAUACUAUAAUGUAUUCAUCGUUUCAACAAAUGUAUGUUGAUUAAAUUUUCUAAAUCACAACAAUGCACUGUA